AGAAAAUAAAGGUAUUUGGUUUUAUAUAAUUACUUAACUAUCUAUGCUUAAACUGAAGAUGAAAUUUACUUUUUUUUUAGGUACCAUUGUUUGAAAAAGAGAUAUUUUGAAUAUGCCUCAAACACCACAAUUAUCACCUCAGGAAGAGCAAGAAAAGCUUUUAGAUGAAGCUGUAAGUGUUGUGAAACUUCAGGCAUUUCAAAUGAAACGGUGUCUUGAUAAGACAAAAUUGAUGGAGGCUUUAAAACAUGCUUCAAAUAUGUUGGGAGAGUUACGUACAUCUUUGCUGAGUCCAAAAAGUUACUAUGAACUAUAUAUGACUGUAUCAGAUGAAUUGCGGCAUUUAGAAUUAUACCUUUUAGAUGAAUUUCAGAAAGGAAGGAGAGUUGCAGACUUGUAUGAGCUUGUACAGUAUGCUGGCAAUAUUAUUCCUCGUUUGUAUUUGCUCAUUACUGUGGGUCUCAUUUAUAUGAAAACAAAUGAACACUCUAAAAGAGAUAUUUUAAAAGAUGUAGUUGAAAUGUGCAGAGGUGUACAGCACCCUCUUCGUGGACUCUUCUUACGUAAUUACUUGCUUCAAUGCACAAGGAACAUACUUCCAGAUGUUGAUGAAAAUGAUUCAAAUGCUGAAACCAUAGGUACUGUAAAAGAUUCUGUUGAUUUCAUUCUUCUGAAUUUUGCUGAAAUGAAUAAAUUGUGGGUAAGAAUGCAGCAUCAAGGUCAUUCCCGUGAUAAAGAAAAAAGAGAACGAGAACGACAAGAACUGAGGCUGUUGGUUGGUACCAAUUUAGUUCGGUUGUCACAACUGGAAUGUGUUGACAUGGAAAAAUAUAAAAAGAUGGUUUUGCCAGGAAUUUUGGAACAAGUGGUUAGUUGUAGGGAUGCAAUAGCUCAGGAAUAUUUAAUGGAAUGUAUAAUACAAGUCUUUCCUGAUGAAUUUCACCUAAGGACUCUGAACAAUUUCCUCAAAGCUUGUGCUGAGCUUCAUCAAAAUGUUAAUGUCAAAAAUAUUAUUAUUGCACUAAUUGACAGAUUGGCUGUUUUUGCAACUAGAGAUGAUGCAACUGGUAUUCCUCAAGAAAUCAAAUUGUUUGAUAUUUUUUCAGAUCAGAUUGCACAAAUAAUCCAGUCUAGACAAGGUAUGCCAUCUGAAGACACUGUUGCCCUUCAAGUUUCUCUCAUAAACCUGGCUCUAAAGUGUUAUCCUGACAGAGUUGAUUACGUUGAUAAAGUUCUUGAAACAACUGUAAACAUCUUUAAUAAAUGUGGAAUUAAAAGAGUUGAAUAUAAUACACUAGUAUCAAAGGAACUUCUAAAACUGUUGAAGAUACCAGUGCAACAUUACAACAAUAUCCUCACAGUUCUCGAACUAAAGCAUUUUGGAAGUCUUAUGAAUUUCUGUGACUACAAUAGCAGAAAAUCUAUGUCAUGCUUUCUUGUGAACAAUGCUUUAGAAAAUGAGACUUACAUACCUACACAAGAGCAGGUUGAAGAAAUUCUGCAGUUAGUCUCUCCACUUAUCCAAGAUCAGCCUGACCAACCAUCUGGGGAAGAUGAUCCUGAAGAUUUUGCUGAGGAACAAGGCUUAAUGGGGAGGUUUAUUAAUUUGUUACAAGCAGAAACACCUGAUCAACAGUUCCUAAUGCUAAAUACAACUCGAAAACAUUUUGGAAGUGGUGGAAACCAUCGCAUACGAUAUACUUUGACUCCUAUUGUAUUCCAAGCUUAUAAGCUGGCAUUUAGAUAUAAAAACUGCAGUGAAGAAGACGAUAAAUGGGAGAAAAAGUGCCAAAAGAUAUUUAAAUUCUGUCUCCAAACUAUUAAUGUACUCAUCAAAGCAGAAAUGGCAGAACUUCCAUUAAGGCUGUUUCUUCAAGGUGCUCUUGCUUCUGGACAAAUAGGAUAUGAAAACCAUGAAGCUGUUGCGUACGAAUUUGUAUCGCAGGCAUUUUCUUUGUAUGAAGAUGAAAUAUCAGACAGUAAAGCACAGCUAGCAGCAAUCACUCUUAUUAUUGCAACAGUGGAACAAAUGUCCUGCUUCAGUGCAGAAAAUCAUGAACCAUUAAGAACACAAUGUGCUUUAGCUACAUCUAAGUUACUCAAGAAACCAGAUCAAUGUCGAGGUGUUUGUGUAUGUUCACAUUUAUUUUGGUCUGGCAAAAACCAGGCAACAAAUGGUGAAGAAAUGCAUGAUGGGAAGCGCGUGUUAGAGUGUCUGAAGAAAGCUACCAAUACUGCUAAGCAGUGUAUGGAUUCAAGUGUGCAAGCCCAACUUCUGGUUGAAAUACUCAAUCACUGUAUCUAUUUCCAUGAGAAAAAUAAUGACCAAAUUCAGAACUUGAUGAAUCAUUUGCUGAGUGAAAUAGGUGAACUGCUUCCAAAUAUAGAAAUCAAUGAAGAGACUGAACAAAUAAACAAGCAUUUCCAAAAUACAUUAGAGUACGUACAAGAUACUAGGAAAAGUGUUGUGAAAGAUACCUCAUCAACUGAAGAAGCAGCUCUUUGCUGAAGAACUGUUUUCAAACAUCUAACAGUUAGUAAACUUUCUUUGUAUAUUUCAUAAUUAAUGAUAAAUUAAAUGCUUUAUUUUCCAACA